UUUCGACAGCUUUGGCGGUCUAAAUUCCGUGUAUGUGCUGGCCGUGGCCGGUGAGGUUCCGUCAGUGGCAGGUUGACCGGUUUUAUUGCACAUUUUACCGUUAUUAAUUCGGCGACACGGACUGACAUUAAAAUAAGUGAUGUCACGUUAAUCCGACAUCUUGUCACGUCGUCCUUUUAGCCUGGGAUUUUUAUUAGUCAAGGCAACAAAAGCAAAGUUAGUCUUCCAACUUCGCUGCUCAUGCAUGUACUGCCACGGUGUUAUGAAGUGCUUUUACUUUCAUGCGAACGAUUACCAACACAUUUAUGUGACAUGGAGCGGCGAGAGGGAGAUUCGCCGGUAUUCUGUGACACAGACGACCUACCACUUUGUGCCAACACCAGCCACGUGCUAGUUAAACACUAUGCUCUAGACCUGUCCGUUCAUUUUCACAGAAAGGUCAUUAGUGGUUGUGUGGUUCUGUUUCUGGAACCUACUGCUCGUGGAGAGCCCGAAGGACAUGAUGGAGAACAAACUACUUCGUUGACAAACAAUGAUGGGAUGGACAUGACAAUCAAGUCCACACCUAAAGGGCAUUUUACCUUAAUUCUUGAUUGCUGUGACAUCGCCGUGUCUAAGGUAGAACAGGUGAACGUCACUUUCUUGUCGGAUUCCUUUCAUGGGGUUCAGCCCCUUGACCUCAUCCACGCGUUGGUCUCCAUGCCUUCGGCUCAGUGGAGGCGGCAGCGUGAGCUUUUCACGGCUUGUAGCCGUGCCCCUGGUGUUGAGCAGGAUGGAGAACCGCUACGUUUUCACACUGACCGCUGGAGUCUGCAGGUGUGGAAGCAAGGGGUCUCCUCCCCGCAGGACUUCCCCAGAGCACUCAGGAUCUACUAUGAGACGAGGCCCACUGGGGGUUCUGUCAGGUGGACCAAAGACCAGGACAACAGGGCGUGCGUGUACACCGCCGGCUCACCCAUCAACAACCGAGCCCUCUUCCCCUGCCAGGAGCCGCCUGUUGCCAUGUCAACAUGGCAGGCCACAGUGCGGGCCCCCUGCGACUUUGUGGUCUUGAUGAGUGGGGAAGAACAGGUUGAGCCUAUUCUAGAUGUGGACGCGACAGAUUUGUUGAUGUGGAAUUACUAUGUCACAAUGCCUAUGCCUGCCUCCACCUUCACCUUGGCAGUGGGCCAUUGGCAACAAGUCGCUACUGAACCUCUACCCUCCUGUGGAAAAACGCAGUGGGAAAGGUGGGAUGAGUUUGGGGAGUCUGUCCCCAUCGCCUCUCACCAAGGCACAAGCAGUGAAGUAGUAAAAGCCUCCAGUCUCCACAUUGGCAGGGAAGAGCAGCCUGCCUGCCCAGGCUCGUCCUCUCAGCACGAGCGCGUCUCUGUGCCCGACUGUGCAGCCAUAUUGGAUGACAGCUUCCCUUGUUCCCAUGGCGACUACCCAUGCCGGUUCGCCGAACGCGCCGUGAAGUCCCAGCGUGUGAUCCAGCACCGUGUGUUUGCCCCCAUUGGCUUGCUGCAAAAGGCGCAGAUGGGAAUCCUCACCCUGUUGCCGCAAUGUCUAGCUGCAGCCUAUGCGAUCCUGGGAGUUCAUCCCUUCCCCCGCCUUGAUGUUCUCAUUGUACCAGCUGGGUUUUCCAGUCUGGGUAUGGCCAGCCCCCACAUCAUUUUCCUGUCUCAGAGUGUGCUGCAUGUUGGCAGCUCAUUUUCGAAAGAAAACAGCCUGUCCUUGUGUGGGUCCAGGCUGUGCCAUGAAAUUGCCCAUGCCUGGUUUGGCCUGGUCAUAGGGGCCAGAGACUGGACAGAGGAAUGGAUUAGUGAGGGUUUCGCCACCUACCUGGAGGAUAUUAUCUGGGCCCAAGCACAGCAACUCUCUCCACCAGAAGCAGCAGAACAAUCCAACUUGAAAGCACUGCUGAGAUGGAGAAGAUUGUCUGAUGAGUUGCAGAAUUCAGGAGAGGAGCUUCAAAUCUUGAGACCUAACAUGGAGAAAACGGGCCAUGUCAGUGAGUCCGGCUCAUCCACAGUAAAACAUGCCCUUAACCCAGACAAAUCCUUCCUACAAGUCCAUUACCUCAAGGGCUACUUCCUCCUCAGAUUCUUGGCCAGCGAAGUUGGAGAGCAGCAAUUCAUUAACUUCUUCAGAUUAUUUGUGAAGAAAUACCACGGUCAACUCAUCCUAUCUCAGGACUUCCUGCAAAUGUUGCUUUCCACCUUUCCUGACCUUGCGAGAAAAGGCGUAACGCUCGAUGCUAUUUAUGCCGACUGGUUGGAUCGACCGGGAAUUCCCAAGUGGCUAGACGAAAGAAGCGCUGUGUGGUCCGAGGCGACUCUGGUGGAGGAAGUCAAGGCGGAGAAUCUUUCAUCCCCUCAUUUUCUUUUUGCGUUUGAGUGAACCCCCGUCGCUUGUACAUCUGUUGCUUUUCAUUCCGUGCUUCUGAUCACGAUACACCCUCUUUAGUUCCGAAAUAUUAGUCCUCUACAUCAUCCCCCAUAACUUUGCCAUUUGUGGAAGAUACUUGAGAAUGACUCUGGCCAGAGGCAAAACUGUCCAUUCAAGACAGGUUUUUUUCGGCUGUGUAACGGAGCUCUCUUUUAAGGGUGCUACAGGGCUGUACUUUCACUAAUAACUCUUUUGUCUCAGUCGUCUGUUUGUCUGGGUUAUAUAUGGAGCGUGACAGAUCGCUGAGAGGUUGGAAUUAAUAUGUGUCUGCAAAAAAAAAAAAAAGCAGAGAGAUUUUGUGUGUAUGUGUGUGUUUGAGAGAGAGAGAGAGAGAGAGAGAGAGAGACCGAGAGAGAUUGUGCACUGUAUGUUAAGUCAAGCCUAGUGGCUCGCUGAGCGACUCUCUCAAAUAAAUCCCAGUGAGACUUUCCACUCCAGCAACAUCACGCGCAGGUUAAGUAUUGUGCAUUCACCAUCUCCCACAUCUCUCCCUUUUAUUUUUGAACCACCCCCCACUCCUCUCACUGCUCACUCAACGCUACUUUUUGAUGUUUUUCUCCACCUCAUUACUCCCCUCAUUUCCCUCCUUCUCUUUGCCCCCUACAACCCACCACCCUCCUCAUCUUCCCUC